UUAGUAUUGAUAUUUCCAUGUUAAACAAGAAACUAUAAUAUCCACUAUUGAUAUUAGAUGAUCUAGAUUAACCCAUGAUGUAUGAUUAAGAAUCAGCUAAUUCAGAAUUAAACUGGUCUUGAGAUUUCUAAAUGAAAAAAUAGCUUAAUAAACCGUCCAUUUUGAAUACAAUUAAUUAAUACCAAUUUUUAGGGAAAUGAAAAUUCAUCCUGAGAGUUUAGGGACCCGAGUGACGACUCCGGACAAAUUUAGGAAUCUAAAAAUAUAUUUUGAGAGUUUACGGCGAAACGUUGUUGAUUCCUGUGGAAGAGCUGCUUUUGUUGGUCUCAGCCGACCGUGGACACGCCAUGCUUAAUUUGUCAAGGGGGAAGCUUUGGGCCGGCGCAGGAUGAACACUUGUGCAGGCCAAUCGCCGUUCAGCUGUCGUCGCACAAGCACCUGCACGUCGUCCACCCGUCUACAUGUCGCCUUCCGCUUCGGCCACCUCCCCUCGCCUUCCAGACUCCUCUCAUGGCCUCCGCCGCCCAGCUCAUCCAUCCCCGCCUCGCCCGCCUCCUCCAUAAAUCCGCUUCCGCCGCGCUUCGUCCAUCCAGGCAAGCAAGAGAACCAGCAGCACAGUUCGAUUCAGCAGACGACUCGAUCAAGCCAUCAACGGCAAGGAAUGGCGUACAUGCGCGUGACGCACCGCGACGAGGAGGGCAGGAAGGUGGCGGAGAACCUGCCGGUCCCGGAGAUGCGCCGCCCGGACACGGCCAGGCACCUAGAGCGCAAGCUGGAGGAGCAGGGCCUGCACCGCCUGGAGCGCCACCCGGCCAACGCGCCCCGCGGCGUCGGCAUCGGCGCCCCGCCGCCCAAGUCCGGGCGCGGCGGCAAGUACACCUGGGACGGCCCCGGCGGCCUCGUCGGAGACGAGCUCGACCCGGCGUCGCCCGCCAUCGACACCAACGACCCCAACUACGAGGAGGACGAGGACGGCGCGGCCAGGGAGGCGGUCAUCGGGGAGGUGGAGGUCGCCAAGGUGGCCGGGGAGAGGGGCGGCAUCGCGCCGCCCCUGCUCCACGAGCAGCAGCAGUAGCAGCAGGCCAGGAGCUAGCUUUGGUGUGGGUUUGCUCCUUGUUGAGCUUUGGAUGUGAUCAUAUGAACUGUGUUUUGGUGCACUAGUCUACCAACAAUAGAAUGUGAAUUACA